CGGAAUCAAUUCGGCCAUGACAACAGGAAUGUAAACAAGGCCUCACUUUUGUGCCUCUGUGAAAAAUCCAUCAGUACAUUUCGAUCCGCUCCAGCAAAUCCAAAUCUAUCAAGCCCGGAAUUCCUGUGCUUCAAAAUUGCGUUGCAUUGUAAAAAUGGCCAAAGGAAUCGUUGCUGCCGAACUGCCCAGCCUGGAAGUUCAAUUCACUGCUUAUGCGAAAUAUAGACCGGCCCAGAACACUCUGCAGGGUGACGGCAAACGGAUACUGUUGUCCCAGAGCGAUGCCUGGAUGCAGCAGGCCAAACUGAUGGAGAAGAAGGUGUUUACGCUGACCGAAACGGGGGUGGCGUUUUUCUCGUUCCGCAAAUCAACCCUGGACUUCGAGGAGUUCGAACAGUACCUGGACAAGCUGUGCGCCGAGCGGGGCCUGGAUGUGGACGAGAUUCGCUUCUGCCUGGUGAGUUGUGGCCCACCCGGGAUGGGCUCCUGACAGUUCAGUAGCGAAACGGUGCUCGCCUUUCUGGACGACGUCAUACGGCGCAGUUCGGAUUUCUAGUGGCCGGUUCUUUUUACAUCUUUGUCUGUAAAUUGUCUGGAAAUGACUCCAGUGUAUUUUGAUACUAUGUAUUUUAUGAACAAUCGAUAGGUUGUAGAAAACAAAUAGUUGUAAUAACAUCAAUUGAAUCACGUGUUAAUCGUAGAAAUCCCAAUUCUCUAUAAGCUUUCGGAUGAAUAAAAAAAUCA